AUGCUUAAAAAAAAUACUAAACAUAAAGGAAUUAAAUUCAUUGAAGUCACAUUUGAAAUGUUAAAUGUAAAAUUACAAUAUAUGCUUAGCAAAAUAAGAACAGGGAUAUUAUAAGAUGGGAUGAGAAUGGAGUGAAAAUUCAAAUUCUUGAUAGAGAACUACUAUAAGAAAUAGUUCUGCCUCAACAUUUUAAACAUGCCAAUUAUGCAAGCUUUUUGAGGUUAGAGAAUAACUUGAUAUAUGAUUAGAUAGCUUAACCUGUAUGGAUUUAUAAGUAGUAAAGAUGAAUAAGGAGCUAUCACAUAUUAUCAUCCAAGUUUUGCUAGAUAACAAGUUAUUAUGAGAAACAUAAUUAAAAAGAAGAACAAAAAAGAAAAAUAAAGUGAUAUUAACAGUUGUAGUGUUGAAGAAAAGGAGUUGCAUAAUUAAAUCAAGGCACUUUAAUGUGAGUAAGUAAAGAUUCAACAAAAACUCUUUUCCUCAAUUUAAUAUUAAAUUAAAGUUAAAAAUAGCAUGAAAUUGUUUCUUUAAGUAAUUUAUUUAAUUAUUGUAAGAAUCAGCAUUCUUUAGCAUAAGAAGGUGAAAAACUUUUUAAAUAAUUUAUUGAAAAUCUCAUCCAUUUAGUAAAAGGAAUGAAAUAUGAGUCAUGUAAGUAUCAAUUAAUAUAUGAUUUAGAAAUUGGCUUUGAUCUAAUAUUAUAAUAAUAGUUCCCAUAAUCCAUUCAAGAGGAUCCCUAAUCAACUUAGGUUAUAAGUGAGAUAGAAGAUUAGAGUAAUUAAUAUUUAUUUUCUCCUACACCUUUUGGAAGAACAGACAUUGAUUAAGAACAAAUUGUUUUUUCUCAAACUUCAUUCUAAUUGAGGCAGUACUUUUCAGGAUUUGGAUUUGAACUUUGA